GUUCUUGAAGUAGUUCGUUAUCUGCUUAGUCUAUAUGAAUUAUGGCACCAUUUCGACGAGACCUCCGAUCAGCCGCUAUUGAUACUUGAACGUAUUCCUCGGCCUACUGUUUGCCUUCCUGGCCUAGCUUCUUCAUCCAUUGCUGCUUCUUCAGUGAUGGCUAAUUCAUCAUCUGCAGGAGGCGCAACAAGCAGUAGCACUUCAGCUUCUACCGUCACGAAUACAACAGCUGGUGCUGUCGUCGUAACGUGCACUUCGGCUUCAGGAACUGCUAACAACGGCCAUUCAGUUGGGCAAAUGACUGCUGGGUCUGCUUCUGGCACUGGGAAUGGUGGCGGUGGUGGGCCUAUGCAUUCGCUUCAUCAGCUGUCGCAGCUGCACUCCCAUCAUCAAUCUGCUCCUCAGACUGUUUCUACUGGCGCCUCUUCUGGACUGAUACAUUCACAGCCGUCCAGUGGUCCAUCCAGACAGCCUCCUCCGACUGGGUAUCUGCAAUCCCAAACCCACAUACACAUGCAGACACAUUCUGCAGCCUCGACCCAACAAACUCAACAACACCAUCAGCACCAUUCACAGCAGCAGCAACAACAGCAGCAUCUUUUACCUCCUCCUCCACCAGUGGGUCAGCAGCAGGGGCAGGCGAUGCUAAAUAUGAACCGAGGGAACCUAAUGCGCUGA